UUCUCUUCUUGCACUGAGAUACAUCUCAAUAGCUGGCUCUGGAGCAAGAUAAAGAAGACUGAAGGAGACUUGGCAACAGAACGGACCACGGCAAGGUAAGCAAGUUGAAAACGAGAAAUGCAGGAAGUUUCCUAUUUAGGCAGAGGCUACUUCCAGCUUUCAAAUCUCCCCAGCCGGCCCGCCAAGGCGUCACAAAGCCCGCCCCCCAGUCACAAAGCCACGCCCCCUUCCGUGGCCGUUCUCUGAGCUCCCAAUACUUCCCUCCUUCUCUCUGACUCCUCCCACUCCGCCCAGCAUCAUUUCCUGUGCGCUGGGUGCUGAUUGGUUCAGCGCUCGGAAGUGAGGGCGGGCGGUGGGGCCGUUGCCGCAGUGACAGUGCUGGGGGAGUCCGAAGAUGGCGGCGUCGCGUCGCUCUCAGCAUCAUCACCACCAUCAUCAACAACAGCUCCAGCCCGCCCCAGGGGCUUCGGCGCCGCCGCCGCCACCUCCCCCGCCCCUCAGCCCCGGCCUGGCCCCCGGGACCACCCCAGCCUCCCCCACGGCGGGUGGCCUGGCCCCCUUCGCGUCCCCGCGGCACGGCCUAGCGCUGCCGGAGGGGGAUGGCAGUCGGGAUCCGCCCGACAGGCCCCGAUCCCCGGACCCGGUUGACAGUACCAGCUGUUGCAGUACCACCAGCACAAUCUGUACCGUCGCCGCCGCUCCCGUGGUCCCGGCGGUUUCUGCUGCAUCUGCCGUCGGGGUCGCUCCCAACCCAGCCGGCAGUGGUAGUAACAAUUCACCGUCGUCCUCUUCUUCCCCGACUUCUUCCUCCUCUUCCUCUCCAUCCUCCCCUGGAUCCAGCUUGGCGGAGAGCCCCGAGGCGGCCGGAGUUAGCGCCCCAGCAACCUUGGGGCCUGGGACCGCGGGACCUGGGCCAGGGGUCCCGGCAGUGAGCGGGGCCCUACGGGAACUGUUGGAGGCCUGUCGCAAUGGGGACGUGUCCCGGGUAAAGAGGCUGGUGGACGCGGCAAACGUGAAUGCUAAGGACAUGGCCGGCCGGAAGUCUUCUCCCCUGCACUUCGCUGCAGGUUUUGGAAGGAAGGAUGUUGUAGAACACUUACUACAGAUGGGUGCUAAUGUUCAUGCUCGUGACGAUGGCGGUCUCAUCCCACUUCAUAAUGCCUGUUCUUUUGGCCAUGCUGAAGUUGUGAGUCUGUUACUGUGCCAAGGAGCCGAUCCGAAUGCCAGGGAUAACUGGAACUAUACCCCUCUGCAUGAAGCUGCUAUUAAAGGGAAAAUCGAUGUAUGUAUUGUGCUGCUGCAGCACGGAGCGGAUCCGAACAUUCGGAACACUGACGGGAAGUCAGCCCUGGACCUGGCCGAUCCAUCAGCCAAAGCUGUCCUCACAGGUGAAUACAAGAAAGACGAACUCCUAGAAGCUGCUAGGAGUGGUAAUGAAGAAAAACUAAUGGCUUUACUGACUCCUCUAAAUGUGAAUUGCCAUGCAAGUGAUGGGCGAAAGUCUACUCCUUUACACCUGGCCGCAGGCUACAACAGAGUUCGGAUAGUUCAGCUUCUUCUGCAGCAUGGUGCUGAUGUUCAUGCUAAAGACAAAGGUGGACUUGUACCUCUUCAUAAUGCAUGUUCGUAUGGACAUUAUGAAGUUACAGAACUGCUACUAAAGCAUGGAGCUUGUGUUAAUGCCAUGGAUCUCUGGCAGUUUACUCCACUCCAUGAGGCUGCUUCCAAGAAUCGUGUAGAAGUCUGCUCUUUGUUACUUAGCCAUGGUGCCGAUCCUACAUUAGUCAACUGCCAUGGCAAAAGUGCUGUGGAUAUGGCUCCAACGCCUGAGCUCCGGGAGAGACUGACUUAUGAGUUUAAAGGUCAUUCUUUACUACAAGCAGCCAGAGAAGCAGACCUAGCCAAAGUUAAAAAAACACUUGCUUUGGAAAUCAUUAAUUUCAAACAGCCACAGUCUCAUGAAACUGCCCUGCACUGUGCUGUGGCCUCUCUGCACCCCAAACGAAAACAAGUGACAGAAUUGUUACUUAGAAAAGGAGCAAAUGUUAAUGAAAAAAAUAAAGAUUUCAUGACUCCCCUGCAUGUGGCAGCAGAAAGAGCUCACAAUGAUGUCAUGGAAGUGCUGCAUAAGCAUGGAGCAAAGAUGAACGCGCUGGACACUCUUGGUCAGACUGCUUUGCACAGAGCUGCCCUAGCAGGUCACCUGCAGACCUGCCGCCUCCUGCUGAGUUACGGCUCAGACCCCUCCAUCAUCUCCUUACAAGGCUUUACAGCAGCGCAGAUGGGAAACGAAGCAGUGCAGCAGAUUCUGAGCGAAAGUACACCUAUACGCACUUCUGAUGUUGACUAUCGACUCUUAGAGGCAUCGAAAGCUGGAGACUUAGAAACUGUGAAGCAACUUUGCAGCCCUCAGAAUGUGAAUUGCAGAGACCUCGAGGGCCGGCAUUCUACGCCCUUACACUUUGCAGCAGGCUAUAAUCGCGUGUCUGUCGUGGAGUACCUGCUCCACCAUGGGGCCGAUGUCCAUGCCAAAGACAAAGGUGGCUUGGUACCCCUUCAUAAUGCUUGUUCAUACGGACACUAUGAGGUGGCUGAGCUUUUAGUAAGGCACGGGGCUUCUGUCAAUGUGGCGGACUUGUGGAAAUUUACCCCUCUACAUGAAGCAGCAGCUAAAGGAAAAUAUGAAAUCUGCAAGCUCCUUUUAAAACAUGGAGCAGAUCCAACUAAAAAGAACAGAGAUGGAAAUACACCUUUAGAUUUGGUGAAAGAAGGAGACACAGAUAUUCAGGACUUGCUGAGAGGAGAUGCUGCCUUGUUGGACGCUGCCAAGAAAGGCUGCCUGGCCAGAGUGCAGAAGCUCUGUACCCCAGAGAAUAUCAACUGCAGAGACACCCAGGGCAGAAACUCAACCCCUCUGCACCUGGCAGCAGGCUACAACAACCUGGAAGUAGCUGAAUAUCUUCUAGAGCAUGGAGCCGAUGUUAAUGCCCAAGAUAAAGGUGGUUUAAUUCCUCUUCACAAUGCAGCAUCUUAUGGGCAUGUGGACAUAGCAGCAUUGUUGAUAAAAUACAACACAUGUGUAAAUGCAACAGAUAAGUGGGCAUUUACUCCUCUUCAUGAAGCAGCCCAAAAAGGAAGGACACAGUUAUGUGCUCUACUCCUAGCACAUGGUGCAGAUCCAACCAUGAAGAACCAGGAAGGUCAGACACCUUUAGAUCUGGCAACAGCUGACGAUAUCAGAGCUUUGCUGAUAGAUGCCAUGCCCCCAGAGGCCUUACCCACCUGUUUCAAACCUCAGGCUACCGUGGUGAGUGCCUCUCUGAUCUCACCAGCAUCCACCCCUUCCUGCCUGUCCGCCGCCAGCAGCAUCGAUAACCUCACUGGCCCUUUAGCAGAACUGGCAGUUGGAGGAGCGUCCAACACAGGGGAUGGUGCAGCGGGCACAGAAAGGAAGGAAGGAGAAGUUGCGGGUCUUGACAUGAAUAUCAGCCAGUUCCUGAAAAGCCUGGGUCUUGAACACCUUCGGGACAUCUUUGAAACAGAACAGAUUACUCUAGAUGUAUUGGCUGAUAUGGGUCAUGAAGAGUUGAAAGAAAUAGGCAUUAAUGCAUAUGGACACCGCCACAAAUUAAUCAAAGGAGUGGAAAGACUGUUAGGUGGGCAACAAGGCACCAAUCCUUAUUUGACUUUUCACUGUGUUAAUCAGGGAACUAUUUUGCUGGAUCUUGCUCCAGAAGAUAAGGAAUAUCAGUCAGUAGAAGAAGAGAUGCAAAGUACAAUUCGAGAACACAGAGACGGUGGUAAUGCUGGCGGCAUCUUCAACAGAUAUAAUGUCAUUCGAAUUCAAAAAGUUGUCAACAAGAAGUUAAGGGAGCGAUUCUGUCACAGACAAAAGGAAGUAUCUGAGGAGAAUCAUAACCAUCACAAUGAGCGCAUGCUAUUUCAUGGUUCUCCUUUCAUUAAUGCCAUUAUUCAUAAAGGGUUUGAUGAGCGACAUGCUUACAUAGGAGGAAUGUUUGGUGCUGGGAUUUAUUUUGCUGAAAACUCCUCUAAAAGCAACCAGUAUGUUUAUGGAAUUGGAGGAGGAACAGGCUGCCCCACGCACAAAGAUCGGUCGUGUUAUAUAUGUCACAGACAAAUGCUUUUCUGUAGAGUGACCCUUGGAAAAUCCUUUCUACAAUUCAGCACCAUGAAAAUGGCUCAUGCCCCUCCAGGACAUCACUCAGUUAUCGGGAGACCAAGUGUGAAUGGGCUGGCAUAUGCUGAGUAUGUCAUCUACAGAGGAGAACAGGCGUACCCAGAGUAUCUCAUCACAUACCAGAUCAUGAAGCCGGAAGCUCCUUCCCAGACCGCAACAGCCGCAGAGCAGAAGACCUAGUGAAUGCCCACUGGUGAAGGCCAGGUCGGAUUAGAAGCUGGGACUGGAUUACAGUGGAUUGUUUCCAACAAAAUCAAUAUUCUCGAAAUCCCUGACAGCCUAGAAAUAAGCUGUUUGUCUUUUAUAAAGCAUUGCUAUAGUGAUGAAAAUAGUAUGAGUAACUGAUACAUACUCAACUGCUACUGUUCCUUUUGAGGAAAUGUUUACAGGGGCGGCCUUUGAACAUAUCUCAGGCUCAUUUUCAUUGCAGUUAUCCAUUUCUGAAACAAGAUUGCUUUGAUCUAGACUUGGAAAUGGAAAAAAAGAAGACAUAACCAGUGCUUUCCCAGAUGUUCACAAUUCACACACUACAUUUGCUUUGUUAUAUAUGGCGCUUGUAUAUAACAAAUAUACACAUACUACAGGCUCGUUUUUAGUUUUGUCUAAACAUGCAUCAUUGGCUUUUUUUCCCUUUUUUUGGCUUACUUUGAAAAUGAGCCAGAGCCUUCUUGAGGACAUUUUGCACAAAGUCACACUGACUAAAAUCAUUAGCAAUGCAACCCAAGCUUCUGGCUGAGCAAGACUUAGUUUCCACUUUUUUUUCACUUCAUUUUGUAGCCGCACUUAUCAACGUAAAGUGAGAUGGAAAGGAAAAACAUCAACUUUUGGUUUCUUUUUGUGAAUUGGCCAGUCUUACAAGGGAAAGGCACAAACGUGAACCUGACUUAGGAGCUCCCAAGUUCAGAAAAGUCAAAGCCGACGGGGGCCACUUGCUCUUUCCCAUACAAGCCCGCUUCAGAGGCGUCAGGUCAGUGCUGGAGGCCCAGGAAGAGCACAGCAGGAAAGGUGUGAGGGAUGCCGCGUGACGUUCGGAGGUGAAACACCUGGGGGGCUGCGGAGGAGCAGCCUCCAGAGGACGUGAGGAGCGUGUGGUUCUAUAAAACCGCAGCAGGGAAGGAUUGCGGGAGCUCCUCAGAGAAAAAACGCUUCUCUUCACUUAAUCCGUACCACCAGAAUUGUCGCCCCCAAAAUUUGCCUUAUUUCCAAGUUCAGUGGAAUCAUUGUACUUCAUUAAAGUUACAAAAAUAUUGCUUUAUUGUUUCUCUAGUUUGGAAAGCUAGGAUUCAAGUCCUAUUUAGGAGAUAGGUAUACACAAAGGCAGGAACUUUUUUGUUUAUUCAGUUGGGGUUUAUUUUGAGCGAGGUGCUUCAAAUAGUUUAUGUAGGCCCCUGCACUAAACUUGUGAACCAUUUCUUCAAACUGCUUAAGAGACAAGGAGAACAAAAAGUGAAACCAAAGCUCCUUCAGUUAUUUUUUAAAUGAAGGUGAAGUACCAUGCUGUUUCUUCGUGAAACAGUGUUUUUUCUUUUGUUUGUUUUGAUCACCAUUUGCCAAGUGCACAUUGACCCUGUAAAGAAGUAUCCCUUGCAGUCCUUACACUUGCCCUUUUCACCUUAACUGAUGUUGAAUUGAGUGCAUUAAUUUGUUUACUUCCACAUGCUGUGCAUCUACUCAGCUUUGAAGCAAAAGUAAUAUAAAUGUGGUGAAAAAAAGAAAAAACAGUGUGACACAAACUUGCCAUUUCAACUUAAAGUCCUGAAAACUAAUUUGUUCCGUUUUUUAAUGCAGGUUGAUUAAGCUGUGACCUCAUUUAAUCUCCUAAAGAAAAAUAAAAUGGUUACAUGCAAAAAUUCUAGACUAGGCUCUUAACAUAUUCAGUUUGCUUUCUUUGGGGCUUCAGUCAAUGCUAGACCUAGGCAUCGGGAGCUGGUUUGAGUUUUAUAGCGGAAUCUUGCAUGGGUCCUCAAAAUUAAAUCAAGAAUUAGCCUCAGUUUUUGCUUCUAUUGAAGUUUUAGUGACCCAAGCUGGGUGUUUGUGUCUUGGCUACUUGUUUAAUAGCACUAGAAUUCCAUGCGAAGCUGCGAAGUGUGAUGUUCAUUAAGAGGGCUUUUUUCCUCCUUUCCUUCUUUUUUGCUGUGUGUAACAAUGGGUUGAAGGAUUUGGCAUCUCUGUAGUUACCAGUAGCUGUGAAAGUGUAUGUUACUUGCCUCCCCACUUAGAUAUAGUUUAAAAUGGUAAACACAGCUGUGAUUUUUACUUAUGUAAAAGGUUAAUACGGUAUACAUAUGGAAAGCUUUAAAGCUUCAUUAAAAAGAUAAGCCACUCCCCGACUGUGGUUAUAUGUUGUUUCCAUCAUCCUGACUAGAUUAAUGGACAUGCCAGUUUUAAACUUCAGCCUUACACUUGAGAAGUUAAACUGUGGUUCAGUAUUUAAACUGCCAAUGUUAUGUAUCUAAUCUGUUAUGUUCUGUGUGCCGAGUAAAGGUACUGUGUAAGGAAGACAUUUGCAGUGCUUCGUGUCUUGUAAUGAAUCAAGUAUAUAGUAGUUCUCGAAAGAAUGUGUAUAUAUUAUUCAUCUACUAAAGAGAAUGGGUUAAUCAAUAUCUCACAGGAGCCAAAUACAUUUCUCGAAACUUGAAAACCAAAGGUCGUCAUGAGUGCACUCAAGUUAGCAAAAGUUGAUUACAUUUGGAAUUUUCCAUCUAUAGCAGUGUGAAAAAUCCUUUGGAUUAUAAAAGUAUGGCAUUAAAUUAGGCUGAAAUCUACUUAAUUUCUUGUAUAUGCUCUAUAUAGAAACACUACCAAGUUGAGGACUUACAAUAUGGCCUCCCCUGAAAUGACCCUUCUGUUUCCCAAACCACGUAGAAGAGAGAAUCUGGACACCUCCACCAGCUUUACUGCAGUUCUAGAAUCAAAGGACUUCUGGACCUGAUGGUUCCAGUUUAUUGGGUAUUGGCCAGCUGGAUACUUGACUCAGGUAUAAGUUAAGUGCUCUGGACUGGACACUUGCUCCUUGUACUUGGCCUCCUUCCCUUUUCCCCAGAUUGCUAGUCAGGAACUGUAAUUAGCUCCAAGAGUUACCUUUGACCCAACUCAUUUUCCUCCUUUCUUCAUCUUGAGUCUUGCAAAAGGAGACUGUACCUCUCUUUCCAUCUCAGAACCUGAACCAGGUGUUAGGCUCAUGUACUCUGCUCAGAAGGGUCUGCCACUUUGUUAACAAAUGACAGCAUGGAACCCAGAGUUUUAAUUCUAUGCAAAAUAAUAGCCGUACAAUGAGAAAUCUUAUUUACCUUUUCCUUGUUGGAAAUUGGAAUUUCCAGCUUUUCAGUAACAUAAGUAGAAUAAACUAUAUUAGUAUGUUUUCAUAAAGUAUCAUCCUUAUGCUCAUUUAAGCUUGAUGUUAGUGACUAGACUAAUUCCCCUUUGCUCUCAAAAUAGCAAAGUGCAUUGAUAUAUACAGAGAAAUGCCUUAAAAUGGCAAAUAAAGUAAUAUAGAUUAAUAUUGUAUUAUUAUAGCCUUUAUACAAAAAAUAAAAUUUUGGUAUGUACUGGAAGAACAGCGUUAGAAUGCAGUAAGCUGUCUAGGUUUUUCUCUAUUUCAGUACAUCUCCCAGUUGCACAAAGGGUUAUUUUGGACAUUGCUCACCCUCCCUUUUUAAACAUAUGCACUCUCUGGAGUCCUGUAAACAGCCUUUCAAACAGAAAUGGUGUAUAUUUCUAAACACCUUUUCUGCUAGUGUGUCCAGAUCCCAUUUGUGUGAUAAUCUGUCAUAAACAGGCUUCUGACUGUGUUUCCUAUUGGGUAAGUAACUUGCAUGGAGCUCUAGAUUUUAGUGAUUCAGAGGCCACUCAAAACUGACAUUAAGAUAGGGUUUCAUGUUCAGAAAUUUAUUGAAAGACUAAAACUUGUUUGAUGUCAAAUCAUUGACAGAGAAAUGAAAAGAAAGUAACUGUGAAGAUAAUAUUUGAGCUUUGGUUGGACACAUCUAGCAUUUGAAAAGGAAAUGCAUCUUUUUAAAAACCACUCUAAAAAGUGAGGCUUCUUCAGAUACCUUGUGCAUUCUGAAAUUAAUAAACAAUUAAAUACUUCGUAAGAAACCCUUAGCUAUGGCAGAAACUUUUUAACCUUUUAUAUCCUAAUAAAUAAAACAUUGUAAUUCCAUUUCUUAGUGUUUGAAAGGUAUCAAUGAGUCAGGUCUGUCUCCAUGUGUCUCACACCUGUUACGCUUAUUUGAUGAGGUGUAUUUCAUAAGUCUUACUCCCUUACGUGGAAAGGAGCUGAUGGAAUCAAUCCUCUCCAGUUUCUCUAUGUCUGAAACUUCUCAGCUGCCGGAUCUACUGGUUUGGAGGAAUGCUAGAAAGAUCUCAGAACCUAUUAAGUUUUGUGUAUGUGGGGCUACAGCAACGACUCUCGAAGCGAUACUAUGUAGAAUUUGCGGAUUGCACAAGCUGUUUUUAAUCACUUUGAAAUAUAAACCAUGGUGAUAAGUGAAAAGCAGUAGGAAGCUAAAGAUUUUAUAAGCUCUCUCAGCCCAGAUCUGCUCGUGGUGUGACUGGUUUUAUACGUCUACCAGAGGGUGCUGCCUCCUUUGAAAUAACAUUCACGCUGUAGAGAUGGUUGCAUUUUGACUCUUCGUUCUCUCACAUUUUCUUUUCUGAUUUACACUUUCACAUCCCUACUCUCACCAUACCACCCAUCUUUUCAAACAGAUUUCUUGUGCUUCAGAAUUCAGAUUUCCUUUUUUAUGUGUCUCCCCAGUUCUGCAGGCAGCCCUGAGAGCCCUUUGUUGACUCAGAGUGUUUGCAGAGAAGUGCAGUUAAACUCUUGUAGUGGGGUGUCCCUCACGCACUCCAAUGCCCCUCCCAAGGCUCUGAAUGAAAAGCUAGAAAACAGACAGUAAAAAUCAGGAAGGAACCAAAAUCUUGGAGGCUCAUAGCCUAGACCUAGAAGAUGACCUCGACUGUAUAACCAUUGUAUUCAUUACACAAAAUAUUUAAACCCUUCAUGUGCGUAUAAUACCUGCUUCUGCUUCCAUUGUUUCAAUCUCAUCUGUCUUUGUGGUAGCCAUAUUUGUCUUUGAUCCCUACAAACUAAAAAGGUACUUUUAUCAACAAGGUUUCUCAAAAACAUUUACAAAACCAGCUUUGAGGAAAUCUAGAAUGUUGCCUGGCAACAGCAUUUAGAGUAGUAAUUGUAUUUUCUCAUUGUGAUGUUGGUCUGUGUAAGUAACCAAUGUAGUGACUGCUUGGUUCCUUAUUGGUGUUGUUUUUAUUUCUAGUCUCUGUGGGACCCACCAGUGGCAGGGGGCUCCAGUCCCCUUCCUUUGCUUUUUUGCAUUCGUCUGUUGGUAGGAUUGCCGGAAAAAUGCAAGACACCCAGUUAAAUUGGAAUUUCAGAUAAACAAAUAAUUUUUUAGCUUAAGUAUGUUUCAUGCAUUAAUUGGCAUAUAUUUACAGUAAAAAAAUUGUGUUAUUUAUCUGAAAUUCAAAUUUAACUGAGCAUCCUGGUUUUUUGCUUUUUUUAAUUUUGUUUUACUAAAUCUGGCAACCCUUUCAAUUUGGUCAUGGAAAAUCGCUUACAGCAUGUGAAUUCUUCUAGUCUUCACUGUCUUUCACUGGAAUGGAAGCCUUUUUCUCCUCACCCUUUGCUUUCCACAAGAGGGCAUCAAGGAACUUAACCUGCCUACAUGGUGGGUUUCUAUUUAAGACAUCUUUAUGAUUAUAUUUAACCUGUAAUUGUGCUUUGGCUAAAUGUCUAACUUACAGUACUUGUAAUUGUUUAAUAUUCAAUAAAAACAUUUUUAAAUAUACUGUA